GCAGCGGCGGGCAGCAGGUACACCGACAGACCCGCACCUACCGGACACUCUGCACCGUCCCGCUCAGCGAAACACCGCGGAGAAAUGCGUCUGUCUUUGGGUUUGACAUAAAACUUCAUCUCCGGGGAGCCAGCACGAGAUUAAAAUGGCCCCAAAUUCCAUCCACUGGUUCCGAAAGGGCCUCCGUCUCCAUGACAACCCGGCGCUUCAGGAGGCGGUCAGAGGAGCAGGCACGGUGCGCUGUGUUUACUUCCUGGACCCCUGGUUCGCUGGCUCGUCCAACGUCGGGGUCAACAGGUGGAGGUUUCUCCUCCAGUGUUUGGAGGAUCUGGACGCCAACCUUCGGAAGCUCAACUCACGCCUUUUUGUCAUCAGGGGCCAACCAGCCAACGUGUUCCCGCGGCUCUUUAAGGAGUGGAAGAUCUCUCGCCUGACCUUUGAGUACGACUCGGAGCCUUUUGGGAAGGAGAGAGACGCCGCCAUCAAGAAGCUCGCCAUGGAGGCGGGGGUAGAGGUCAUCGUCAAGAUAUCACACACCCUCUACGACCUGGACAAAAUCAUCGAGCUGAACGGCGGGCAGCCUCCUCUCACCUACAAACGUUUCCAGACUCUCAUCAGUCGGCUGGAUCCUCCCGAGAUGCCCGUGGAGACGCUGUCGGACACUCUGAUGGGUCGCUGCGUCACCCCGAUCUCUGAGGACCACGGAGACAAGUACGGGGUCCCGUCCCUGGAGGAGCUGGGUUUUGACACCGAGGGCCUGCCGACAGCCGUGUGGCCGGGAGGAGAGACCGAGGCGCUGACCAGGAUAGAGCGCCAUCUGGAGAGGAAGGCCUGGGUGGCUAACUUCGAGCGUCCCAGGAUGAACGCCAACUCGCUGCUGGCCAGCCCAACCGGCCUGAGCCCGUACCUGCGCUUCGGCUGCCUCUCCUGUCGCCUUUUCUACUUUAAGCUCACGGACCUCUACCGCAAGGUGAAAAAGAACAGCUCUCCUCCGCUCUCCCUGUACGGCCAGUUACUGUGGCGGGAGUUCUUCUACACCACGGCGACCAACAACCCGCGCUUCGACAAGAUGGAGGGGAACCCCAUCUGCGUCCGCAUCCCCUGGGACAAAAACCCCGAAGCGCUCGCCAAGUGGGCGGAGGCGAAGACGGGUUUCCCGUGGAUCGACGCCAUCAUGACUCAGCUGAGGCAGGAGGGCUGGAUCCAUCACCUGGCCAGGCACGCGGUGGCGUGCUUCCUGACGCGGGGCGACCUGUGGAUCAGCUGGGAGGAGGGGAUGAAGGUCUUCGAGGAGUUGCUUCUGGACGCAGACUGGAGCGUGAACGCGGGCAGCUGGAUGUGGCUGUCCUGCAGUUCAUUUUUCCAGCAGUUUUUCCACUGCUACUGCCCCGUGGGCUUCGGCCGGCGCACCGACCCCAACGGGGACUUCAUUAGACGUUACUUACCUGUCCUCCGAGGUUUCCCCGCUAAGUUCAUCUAUGACCCGUGGAACGCCCCGGAGUCGGUGCAGGCGGCCGCCAAGUGUAUCAUCGGCGUCCAUUACCCGAAGCCCAUGGUGCACCACGCAGAGGCGAGCCGGCUCAACAUCGAGAGGAUGAAGCAGAUCUACCAGCAGCUCAGCCGGUACCGGGGACUGGGCCUGCUGGCGUCCGUGCCGUCCACCAACGGGAACGGGAACGGAGGAAUGAUGGCUUACUCUCCCGGAGAGCAGCAGCCAGGGACCAACAACAACAGCAACGCUCAUUUGCCUGGGGUGUCGGGGAGCUCCGUUGCAUCGGGUAACGGCAGCGGCAGCAUCCUACUUAACUUUGACAAUGAAGAACAACAACAACAGCGACUGCAGCCGCACCCUCAGCCGCCGCAGCCUCAGCCGCAGCCUCAGCCACAGCAGCAGCAGCAGCAGCCGCAGCAGCCGCAGCAGCAGCAGCCGCAGCAGCAGCAGCAGCAGCAGCAGCAGCAGCAGCAGCAGCCGCAGCAGCCGCAGCAGCAGCAGCAUGGAUACCACUCAGUGCCAGACGCCAGCCAGACCAUCACCAGCAGCCGACUCUACCACGAGUUCGCUGUGCCUCAACAUCCAGGACUCCUCCUGCACACCAGAGGAGGCAUCACAGGAAAGAGGGAGCGCGAGUCGGAACGAGACGGGUCGGGGGAGAAAGACCCGGCGUCCUGUUCCCUCCACAAGAUGCAGAGGCAGAGCGCAGAGACCACCUAGAGGCAGCUGCUGAUGACCGUCUGGAUCCACAUUCGCGUCACCAUCCGGCCAGCGGAGAAAGGAAAUCCCAACGUCGCCACCUGUCCUCCAAAAACACGCAGAUAUGACUGCCUCCUCUUCACACACAGCGCAUCUAACGCCGCUCUCUGUCUUUACGGUCAGAAACUCCCCAGGGCGCAAACGCAGAGGUGAAAAUGUGAUUUCUGACACGAUUUUUUAGAAGAGGCUUCACAUGUUAGAGUCCACCGCCCUCUGACUUCGUGCAGGUCGGUACGAACGGUGCGACCACCUCAGAGGAACGAGCAAAGACACAAAAACGCCUCACAAACAACAAAUAAUUUGUAUAUAAAAUAAAUAAAUAAGAAAAAAAAUAACAUUAUUGUCUUAAAACCGCUGCCACCAGCCAGUGUGAACUGUAUGAACUCUGAAGCAGCUAUAACUGUAAGUUACGGAAUAUUUGAUUUUUUUUAAAGCUGCAGAUCCAUCCGUCACUUUGUCUGCGAACACCAAGCUGAUUUUUUCAGAGAUUUUUGUACUUUUACUACAGCUUUGUAGUACGUACAUCCUAAAGUAGGGCUGGGCGAUAUGGAGAAAAUCAUAUAUUACAAUAUUUUUGACCACAUACUUCAGAUAUUGUAUUGGUGCUUUCACAAAAUAUUUAUACAAUAAGAUUUUUGUAAAUAAUCAUCAGUUAUGUGAAUAUAAUGACAAAAUGGGCCCAAAACUUACAGUAAUUUACUGCAAUUCGGCUUUUAAAAU